CCCAGCCCGGUGGGGUGGGUUUGGUGGUGGUGGUGGUGGUUUUCUCGCCCCCCUGGUGCUGCGCUGGAGGAAACCCACAGGAGCCUGAGGGGAAGCUGCGAUGCAAGUGGGCAGAGAACAAGUGAAAAGACAGUGAAACUUCCUGUCUCCGGCGGAGCUUUUGUGAACUUUGAAACCCAAGCGGCUGCGAUAAGUGCCCGGGAGCUUCUUGCUCGUCACUAGGUUUGAUUUUUCACACGAAUCAGCAAAGUUAGGGCCAUCACUGAAUUGCGUGCGUGUGUCCGAGCAAUGCCCUGGCCAUAGAGUUGUCAUUAACAGGAGUCAAACACCUCUGCUGUACUGAGAGCGCAGUCUUCCUCCCCGGGGCUGUGGCUUUAGGGCAGUGAGGGCUCCGGGGCCAGCAGGCUUCGCUGCCCCUUGGCCACUCUGGGUGGUGGCAAGUGUCUGCUCGGGGCCCUGCUGGCCACCUCCCCGGAGGAUGGAGAACCAGUGAAACCAGUCCUUGCUGGGGCAGGGGGGUGGUGGGGUAACGGUCCGGAGGGAUGGGCUGGCUCAGCUGGUAAUUGUGUGGCCACAGUGAGUGUUCCCGUGGCCCUCGGUGGUCGGAUGAUGGGGCCCGUGGCCAGAUGGUGCUGGUGGUUCCAGUGGCUCCCUUGGGCUGGGCGAUGGCAAACGCGAGGUGCAGUGGGUGUCAGGCUGCGUGGGGCACCUCGGGGUCCCUGCCCAGCUUCUGCUUCUGCAGAAAUGAGUCUCUUCCUCUGGCUUUAUGUGGUGGUGGAGUUUAAUUACCCAAAACAUCUCACUGCUGUUGUGCAGCUGCUUUAAACACACCAGAUCCUUGGAGCAGGCCGGGGCUCAGCAGCGUAACGUGCUGCGACCGGGACCCAGGGAGGAGGAUGCGGUGCCUCCUGAUUGCACUGACACUGAUGGCUGAUGCUCUGCCUCCCCCACCGUGGGUUCUCCCUGGGGAUCUUGGUGGGCUCAGUCCCCUCUGCCCUGUGUCCCCGCAGGAGGAUCGAGGACUGCCUGCCCCCGCUGGAGGACUCCCCAUCCAAGAGGUUCUCCCCCUCCAAGCGAAAGCAGUAUUACAUCAACAAGGCCAUCCGCAACUCGGACCUCAUCCCCCGGGCCAAGGGCCGCAAGAGCCUGCAGAGGCUGGAGAACACUCGUUACCUGAUGACUCUUCUGGAGCGGGACGAGUGCGGGAGCGACGAGGGAGAGCUUGUCCACUCGGCCACCCCGAGCAUCUUCACCGAGGCCUGUAACAACGAGACCUACGUGGAGAUCUGGAACGACUUCAUGAACCGGUCGGGAGAAGAGCAAGAGCGAGUCCUGCUCUACCUGGAGGAGGAGGCCAGGAAGAAGCACAAGAGGAAGCUGCCCGUCAAGAAUGAAGACAAGUGGAAAGAGCACCCUGCCUACUCGCCCAAGGAGUGCUUCCAGCGCAUCAGCCGCCGCCUGCGCUCCACCCUGAAGCGGGGCCGGAUCCCCAUGGGGACGCUGGAGGGCCUGGAGGAGGAGCUGCUGGCCUUUUUCUCCGUCACCCCUCACUCCGUCUACACCGCGCUGAUGGACAACAGCUUCGAGCGACUCCUGCUCCAUGCGCUCUGCCAGUACAUGGACCUCGUCUCUGCCAGUUCAGACAUCGAAGGGAAACGUCAAAUGAAAGUGAGCAACAAGCACCGCGUCUUCCUGCCCCCCGAGCUCCUGCUCUCAGACUACCUGGGGCAGAUGAGCUGAUGCCCCCGAGGGACGCCCUGCCCCUCGCCUGGCGCGCCGAUGGCUGCCUUCCUCCGCUCCCGGCCUCUCCCAGCCCCGCCGUCCCCUCGCUCCGGCCUUCCCAGGACCAGCCCCGGCCUCGUCCCUUCCCCGCCGCUGAGAGCAGACGCUUGAUGGUGCUGAGCGGGGGGCUCCGGGACCCCCGCAGCGUGAUCCUGCCAGAUACCGCCACGCUCCGGGUGCAGCCGCCCCGGUGCCGAUCCCCCGCGCUGCUUCCCGGCCGGAGCGGCUUCCCCGGAACUCUUUGUGUGUCUAUUUAUAGCCCAGGUGCUUUUAAAAAAAAUAAUGGGGUUGGGCCAAACCCCCCUCUGGCACCGACGCUCCCCGGGUGAUGUCGGUCCAGAUUUUUCUGCAGUGAACCAUCUCCUGGCGGGUGCUGAGCAAGCGCUGAGCCGGCGGAAGGGCCUGGGGGGCCCGCGCCUCCCCAGCCUUGCCCUGCGCCCCCAGCCCCGCACCAGCCCCCCCCCCAGCCCCUCCUGGGGUGUCCCAGGGGGGGCUCAGCCCCCGCAGCCGCGGGGUGGGAGCUCUCCCCACGCUGGUGUGUCACAGCACCCUGUUCCCUGCACCCCGGGGGAUGGGCUGGUUUUAAAUGUAAAUAGUGUUUUUUAAUGUGUGUGUAUAUAUGUGUGUGUGUGUGUGUGCUGGAGGAGCACAGUCUGCCCCACGGGGGCUCUGGCUGCUGUGGGGGCAGUUUGGGGGUCCCCCCGUGUCCCCAGGGCUGCUGGCAGGGGAUUGGGGGGGGUCCCUGCUCUGACCUGGCCCCUGGUGAUGCCGGGGCUGGGAAGGGGCCAGUUGGACCCCCCCCAAGUCCAAGACUGCUGCGGCAGCACCCCCUGCCCCUGGGUGCCUUUGCUGGCUGCUCUGGGCUCCCUGCCCCCCUUGAGGACACGGCCCCCCCCCCCGGGUUGUCCCCAGCACACCCUGUGCCUUGUUGGCUUGCGUGGCUCGGGCGGGGGGUUCGAGAACAAUAAAACAGGGUGCUCCUGG